AUGUGCGCGGGAGCCUUCGGCAACUUUGCUACCGAAGGCACGGGUUUCAGCGAGCUGUUCCCCAACAUCCGGCCACACCUGCUCGUCCUGAAAGGACAGUUCCGGUUCCCGAUCCAUCGGGACCUGCUGCUUAGUACAGGAAUAUGUGCGUCGACUCCAAAGAGCAUCGACUUUAUCCUUGGCGCCAAGCAGCAGGACAAAGGAAACGCAGCCGUUCUGGUGGUCGGAGGAGCGAUUGAGGUCCUGGACGCCCAUCCGGGGAGCUACAGACUUUACCUGAGCCGAAGGAAAGGCUUUGUGCGAAAAGCCCUCCAACAUGGGUCGUCCCUGGUGCCCGUGCUAUCGUUCGGCGAGAACGAGCUGUUCGUGCAGGCGUCCAACCCGGAGGGCACUCUGCUCCGUCGGUGCCAGGCCUGGCUGACGCGUCGCUUGGGCUUUGCGCCUCCGAUCUUCCACGGCAGGGGAGUCUUCCAGUACUCCUACGGCUGGUUGCCCUUCCGCAAGCCUGUCGUCACCGUCGUCGGAGCGCCGCUGGAAGUUGCCAAGAUCGAGGACCCAAGCGACGAGGAGGUGGACGCUCUUCACGAGAAGUACACGAUCGCGCUCUCUCGACUCUUCGAGGACCACAAGGACCUGUACGCCGCUCCUGGAGCACAGCUCUGCAUCGCCUGA